AUGUCUGAUUGGGAGGACGAUGAAGAAUAUGAUGACAAACCUCAAGUGAGUAAUGUAAAAAGCUUUCCAAAACGCUCGUACGGCGACAAUAGACGGUCAGAUGAUAGCCGGCGUAGAGACAGAGAUAGCUGCAUUAACCGAAAUAGUGGCAGAGGUAGCACUUAUGGCCGCAGUUUCCAGAGUAAGGAAUCGCUCUAUGUACGUCCGGAAUCUAUCGGCCGCAUUGUUGGCCGAGCAGGCUCUACUAUUCAGCGCUUACAAUUGGAUUUUAAUGUUCGAAUCGAUGCAGAUAAGUCUCGCGGGAAAGUAACUGUUCUGGGCGACGACAAGGGCAAGAUAAAUGAUGCUUUAAAUCGCAUUAGGCAAAUAGUAGAUGAAGGCCAUGAUGGAAAUAAUCAGUCACAACGUCCGCACGGUAGUGGAUAUAAUAGAAGUGAUAGAAACAAUCAGGCAUAUCGUUCAUAUGGUAGAGACGAUGAUAACCCAUUUGAUUAUCAUUAUCCAAAAACUUCUUAUGAUAGAAACGAGAAUUAUAGUGCGAAUCAGGACAUUAUAAUUGAUUAUAAUGCGCUAAAUAAAAAAGCUGAACUGGCAAGAGCAGAACGUUGGUCAAAAAGCCCACCGCUUACAAAAGAUUUUUAUGUAGAGCAUACCGAGGUAGCCAACAUGGAUAAGGAUGAUGUAGCCCAAAUUCGUUUACAGAAUAACAAUACAACCGUGUCACGAGUAUUCGAACAACAAAAUGAUGAGCCUGAUAACAUACCAAAUCCUAUAUGGAAAUUCGAACAGUGCUUUGGACAGUACCCAGAUUUGUUGGCCGAAGUAGCGAAACAACAAUUUAAGAAACCCUCACCUAUACAAGCGCAGGCUUGGCCUAUUUUGCUCAAAGGUGAAGAUUUAAUCGGCAUUGCUCAGACGGGAACGGGCAAGACUUUAGCAUUUCUACUUCCAGCUUUGGUUCAUAUAGAGUAUCAAAGCAUCCCACGCUCUGAGCGUGGCGGUCCAAAUGUUCUUAUAUUGGCGCCAACGCGUGAAUUAGCUUUACAGAUAGAAAAAGAAACUAAUAAGUAUUCAUUCCGGGGAAUUAAAGCGGUUUGCAUGUACGGUGGCGGAAAUCGUCGUGAUCAGAUUCAGCACGUCGAACAGGGUGUUGAAGUCAUAAUUUGUACUCCCGGUCGUCUAAACGAUUUAAUACAAGCCAAAGUAAUUGAUGUGACCACGGUCACAUAUUUGGUAUUAGAUGAAGCUGAUCGUAUGUUGGACAUGGGCUUUGAACCACAAAUUCGGAAGAUCCUAUUAGAUAUACGUCCCGAUCGUCAAACAAUAAUGACGAGCGCUACCUGGCCGCCUGGUGUGCGUCGCUUAGCUCAAAGCUUUAUGAGUAACCCGAUACAAGUCUGUGUAGGGUCAUUGGAUUUGGCUGCUACCCACUCGGUUAGACAGGUAGUCGAAGUUGUGGAGGAAGGCGAAAAAUUCGAUAUGAUCAAAUCGUUCGUCAAGUCUAUGAGAUCCGAUGAUAAAAUAAUUGUUUUUUGUGGCAAAAAGGUGCGCGCAGAUGAUCUAUCCAGUGACUUGACUCUCGCCGGUUACCUUUGCCAGGCCAUACAUGGUUCGCGCGAUCAAGCCGAUCGCGAACAGGCUAUUGCUGAUAUUACAUCGGGUGAGGUGAAAAUUCUUAUUGCAACCAAUGUAGCGUCUAGAGGCUUAGAUAUUGAUGAUGUAACGCAUGUUAUCAAUUACGACUUUCCUCGUAACAUCGAAGAGUAUGUACAUCGUAUAGGACGUACCGGACGUGCUGGUCGCACUGGUACAUCGAUUAGUUACGUAACGCGUUCAGAUUGGGGUUUGGCUGCUGAACUAAUAAAAAUACUGGAAGAGGCCGGGCAAGAUGUACCUGAUAAGCUUAGGGACAUGGCCGACAGAUUCAAUAAAAUGAAAGGGAGACGCUCCGAUGGAAACAUGCCAGGACGACGAGGCGGUGGUGGUGGUAAUCGCUCUUACGGUCACCGCAAUUACUAAUCAAAAAAAAAAAAAAGAAAAGGAAAUAAGGCUCACACGUUAUUUGUAAUACCAUUUAAAUUUCUGUUCCCAUCCAUUUUUAUGUUGCAAUUAAAAAACCUAAGCAAGAUAAUGCGAUUAUAGUUUACUUAAAAUUUUUUUAUUAAAUUGACUUCCAUUGAAUACCAUUUUAAAAUUGAAUCGCUUAGAAUCGCUGACUUCAAUAAUUAUGGUGUUAAUAAAAUUUGAUGCAUUGAAAUGUAAAAAAAAGCAAGAUGUUUUCUAUCUCAAGGAGGAAGUAAGUCGUUCACUACCGAGUAUAUUAUCGAUUCAAAAAAGUUGGAAAACGUAGAUUCUUUCAUGACUUUAAAAGUUCUAUCCAACCAAAGACUGCGUUUUAAUUUGCACAUUGACCUCUCUUUAAGUAGAGCUAGGUCGACGCUAGAUUUCAUUAAGCAGUAGCCCAAAGAGCAAUUUAACAUAAA